UUUAGGCAACAGUUGUAUUGCAUGUAUAGUUGUAGUCAGUAUUGCUAGCAUUGAGACCAUUGAGACCAUUGAGAGGGCCAUUGGCUUCACUGCCUAUCAAAGUGUUUGUUGUCUUGAGUUGUGUUGACUCUUGUGUUGUCUUAUGUUUGACUAACCAUUAAUUGAUUGAAUAUAUUAUGAUUGUUAUGUAAGUCAUUAUAUGGGUCUUAUGGUGAUCAGAGGACACGUUGCAAUCAAUGAUGGGAUCAAAUUGUAGAUCAAUCACACCAUUCAUGUGUCACCCGUUGGUUACCUGGGUCAAUUCAUUACAAAAAGAAAAAUGCACUCAAAAAGAGAUCAAAGAUUAUUCAGGACUCAGUUCUGGCGCUUUGUUUACCAAUGUUUGGCUGCAAAUAGAUUCAGAGCCUUCAUAUCAAUUUGUGGCCAACAAUAAUGAUCGGACAUCUCGACUAAAAAAUUUAAAUGCAUUAUUGAAUAAUAUUCGGAAGUUUUAUGAAACAGUUUUGGACCAAACAAUUGUAUUAAGAUAUCCUGAUAUCAUUAAAAUAGCUCAAAAUCCGAGCGAUGAGUCGUCCAUUUGUGAGGAAAUGUUUAUAAUUUUGUUACUAAUGCUCGGGUGUGCCGUUCAAUGUGAACGCAAAGAGCACUUUAUAGAUGCCAUCAAACAAUUAGAUAUUUCAGUUCAACACUCAAUUGUUGAAUGUAUUCAAAAAAUUACUGAUAAUCCGGAAUCAGUUUGGAUUAAUUCUGAAUGGAAUGUAUUACCAGAAAAUGAAGACGAAAAACAUCGAUUGUAUGAUCUUUUAGUUCAACACAUCUCUGAACUCGUCAAAGAAAGAGAUGAUUUGUUUAAUCGGGUAAUUGAUUUGCAGCUCGAAUUGGACACUAUUUAUGUGAACGAAUCAGUUAAGAGCACCAAUAGCUCUGUUUGUAUGCCUAGUCUUGAUAUAAGUAAUAGUGUGAGUGACCAGAAGUCGCAUGUUUUAGUUGAGUUGGCAGAAGUCAAGUCUAAGUUAAGACGAGUUCAACAAGAAUUGGAAGAGAAGAACGAAAUUGUUUCGGAACUCAAAGAAAUUGUCGAACAAAGCAAAGAGUCGUGUAAUAAAUUGAAAGACGAAAAUCUAGAGCUCAUACAAGAAGCCCGAUCUGCCAAAACAUAUAGGGAUGAGAUCGAUGUCCUCAAUGAAAAAGUUGGUAAAGUUGACAGAUUGGAGAAUGAAGUGCAGAGAUAUAAAGACAAAUUAAAUGAAUUAGAUUUUUAUAAAUCAAGAGUUGAAGAGUUAAGAGAAGAUAAUCGCAUUUUAAGUGAGACUAAAGUGAUGCUCGAAGAACAACUGGAAACGAGUCGCAAACGAGCGGAUCAAUUGCCUGAACUCGAGUCACAAAUACUUAAAUUAAGUUCUUAUUCUAAUGAAAUGGUUAUUCAAAAAGAUUUGGAUAGAAAUAAAAUGGAGAGAUAUAUUGAAGAAAUCACUCAAUUAAGGUUUGAAAAGAAGUCCAGCGCUGAAGAGUUAUCUAGAGUUCAGUCAGAGUUGGCUCAUCUCAAGUGUCAAAUGAAGAUAGAUUUGUUACAACAGAAUGGUGAGGGAAACCUAUUGGAUCAGAUCAAUAACGACGCCUCAAAAAGGGUUCUUAACCUUGAAUUAGAAAAUCAAAGGUUACAAUCAUUAGUGGAAAACAUUAAAAACAAUCAAAAAUGUGAUACAAAUGACUCUUUCCUCAAUUAUAACAAUAUUAAUCACACAAAUGGCAGCAAUAGUGUUACAAGUGAUGAUGGCUUUAUAAGUGACAAUCAAUUGAUGGAAAAAAUAGCAGAACUUGAAGACGAAAAUAAGAAAUUUGACGAUAAAAAUAAGAGUCUUGAAAACGAAAAUAAGAAACUUGAGGAUCAAAAUAAAAAACUUAAAGACGAUUAUGUGAUACUUGAAGAAGAAAACAAAAAAAUAAAAGACGAUAACAAAAAAUUUGAUGAUAAAAAUAAAUCAUUGAAUGAAGAGCACAAUAGGUUGCAAACGGAAUAUAAAAUGUUACAAAAUAUUUAUAAAAAGCUAAGAACUGAUUACAAUGAUCUUAAAUUGAGACACACAGACCUUCAGGGAGAAACUCAAGAAUGUAGAGACAGAAUGACACUCUUGGAUGUGGAGGUCUCCAAACUGGCCAACUAUUGUGAAAUUGUUGCCCUCACUAACAACUCAAUUGAAUCUCAUCGCAAACGAUUGAUCAAUAAUAUUGCUAACCUAUUAACACAAUACCAUGACUUACUUACAGAAAUUAGUGGUGACUCUGAAAAAUUGAUUACAGAUAAAGUACAUGACUUGAGCACCAAAAAGAAAAAGUUGGAUAAAAUGAUCAAAGAGUAUGAUUUAACUCUUGAGAAGAAAAAAGUGGCCGUUAGUAGUCAUAACGUUGUCCGCCGUAUUCAUAGGUCAUCCACUGAACUAUGUUUGUCGAGUAAUACAAAUCUUGCUCUUAGAGAGCAAUCUAGAGAUCGUAAAUCAGCACCAAUUGAUAAUUUGAUUGAUGAGGCCAUAUAUGGCCGCAUAUGGGAAGCACAGACACCGCCAAUAGCUUCAAAAUCUGCUUUACGUCCGAUAACAUCCACCAGUAAUUCAUUAUAUGAAACACACAAUGGAAAGCCUUUAGAAAAUGUAAAACAAAUGGUCAACGAAGCUCUCAAUCAGAUAAAGGAAGAGAUUGUAAAAUCUGAUAAUACAUUGUGUCCAACACCUCCUCCUCGGCCACCGCCACGCGUGUCGACAACUAUUGAAAAUAAAAUUCAGUUAAGUGUCAUAACUAGUCCAACACUGACGCAAUCGAGUGCAAGUCCUCCCGAUUUGAGCGCUACAACUGCCUCUAAUUGUCAUUCAUUUAAUAACUUCACGAGAGGUACUUUUAAAAGCAAUUCAAUUAAUUAUGGAAGUCCUAUACGACGACAACAGUUACCAUUCAAGAACGGUGUUCAUCAUAUCCAUCAUUUUCAUCACUUGCAUCCACACUCAGCUUCACCAUCACUUAACUCGGACUCAUCAUUGACUCCGUUAGAAGACUCUGAGCUAAGUGACAGUGCAGUUAAUAAUCAGAGAUCUCAACACUUAAAUAAUUGCGAUAACGUUACUAUUAAUAGUAAUGCAACCAAUUCUGUGUGGUAUGAAUAUGGAUGUGUCUGAUCAGUGAUCACUCAUCACUUUGUAAUCUUUUAUGCAAAUACCAUAAAAUUUUAACACUAUCUCAACAAAACUAAUAUUACACUGUUAUU